CACAAAUGGGGAAGAAACUGAAUAGUGAGUCACUUCAGAGUCCAAAACACUCAGCAGAUGCCACUGUGGAGAAAACGGGGUAACGGGAACAGAGAGGUUUUUUUCCUAUGGAAGAAGAAAUGGACGGUCCCAAGCAUCGAAUCAGGACGUUUGUUCUCAUCUGGGCGCCUCUGCUUUUCUUUAUGAGAAGCAGCAAUGCGGAGACAGGUGCUUCAUUGGAGGGAAGAGAAUUCUGCUCAAGGGAAAAUGAUCAGUACUGUAUCACUCUCACUGAAGCAAAAAUAACAGCAGAGGCUGGACUCUGUGUUGUGAUACCGUGCUCCUUCACUACGGAUAAUGACUUCAGACCCCAAACUGCAGUUUGGUACAAAUGUGACGCAGCUAGACCAAAUUGUGGUGAGGCAGACGUGAUAUUCCACUCCAACGUGUACAACAGAUAUGUUCAGCCAGGGUUUAAGGGACGAGUGCUGCUGCUGGAGUCUAGAGUUUGGUGGAAAAACUGCAGCAUCAUCAUCAAUGACCUGAAGGAGUCCGACUCUGGAUCAUAUCAAUUCAGAGUUAAAGGUUACCUGCAUGGAAGGGCAUCCGGAUUUUCCUUUUCUCCGAGAGCAACUGUCUCUGUUAAAGGCCUGAGUCAGAAGCCCACGGUGGCGAUUCCUCCGCUGACAGCGGGACGGCCGGCCACACUGACAUGCACUGCUCCCGGCCUCUGCUUUGGAUCUGAACCCUCCAUUGGCUGGACGUGGAGAGGAGCGGGAGAGAGGGGCUCGCACAUCACAGGAAACAUUACCGCACUCAGGGCUGAGAGUCUGGUCGCUUUCGCGCGGAGACACAGCUCGACUCUGACCUUUAACCCUUCAGCUGAACACCAUGGCACCAAUAUCACCUGUGAGGUCACCUUCGCAGGACAGGUGACCACAGAGGAAACGGCGACUCUGAUUGUGACCUAUGUGAAGGAAGUUAGAAUCUCACAGAGUACAAGUGUGAAGGAGGGUGAGACUCUGAAUCUGACGUGCAGUGUCGAAAGUUUCCCUCCGUCGCUCAUCGCCUGGACCAAACUUUCGGACCAAAACGGAACAGGAAGGAAUCUGCAGAACGACACACUGACUGACCUGCGCAAUGACACUGAACGCCACCCACAGGAAAAGGGUGGAACGGCCACUCUUUACAUCCCCAACGUGGCGGCAGAGGAUUCUGGACAGUACAUCUGCACAGUGCAACAUCUGAACAACACCUGGACGGGAAAUGUCAAUGUGACAGUGAUUUAUGUGAGAGAGCCUGUGAUCACCGGGCAUACGGCCGUCAAUCGGGGGGACGAUCUGCAUCUGACCUGCAGCGUCGACAGUUUCCCCCCGUCCCUCGUCAAGUGGACAAAACUCGGCUCCAGCACGAACCUGCACAGCGGAAGUGACAUGCGCAACGACACUGGCUCAGCCACACUCAUCAUCCCGAACGUGGCAACAGGCCAUUCUGGGCGUUACAUCUGUGCAGCAGAACAUCUGUACAAGGCUGUGACUGUAUAUGCUGAUGUGACGGUGACUUGGUUUUCCAACAUCUUAAAAAACUCUGGAUGCGGGGUCCAGUCGGAGGUCCUGACCUGUGUGUGUGUCAGCGAGGGGUUUCCUUUACCCGCCAUCGAAUGGCCGCUGUUGAAGAACAACACUGAAUACUCAAUCAUAACCACUGUGUCCAACCACACCGUCAACAGCACCGUCGUCCUAACUGUAAAAGGCCGCCCCAACACGUCCGUCGAGUGUGUCAGCAGUAAUAUAAAUGGGGAAGCAAGAGAAAACCUCACCAUCGGAUUGACCCCGUCUGGACACCUAGGUGAAGGUCCAUCCCCAAAAAUGUCACAAAAUGUGUCAUGGCUGGGAACCUUCAUCGCCUUUUUCAUCGGUGCUAUUCUCUCAGCAGUCAUUUGCUUUUUGGCAAAAACAUGCCACAGAAAAAAACAGGGGGCCCCUGGUAAUCUGGACGAGACUCUGGAGAUGGUGACGGGUCAAGAGGAUACGUUGAUGCAUGACGGUCAAGCAGCAACGGGUGAUCAGACCCACGGCCGGGGGAGAGCUGAAGAUGGAACUGUGGCGGUAGAGAAAAGAGCCCCGGGCCUUGACACCGGGCCAGAAGACGUGAACUACGUCAGCAUUGAUUUCUCCCGGUUAAAAAGAAAGAGCGGUCGGGACGCAGCCGAGAAGCAAGAGACCACCGAGACGGUGUACGCCGAAAUCAAAAAACAAGCAAAGGAGGAAAGAGGAGGUGACGGCGGAGCGGAGGGUGAGAUGCUGGAGGGCAAAGAUGAGGAGGCCAUGAUAGAGGAGGACGAGGAGACAAAACGUUGUGUCCCACAAGAGGAGGAAGGGGACGACCUGGCAGUGUACUCCAAUGUACAGGAUAUAAUGGCUGCCAUGUAGGGAUUGUGUUGUGGCAUGAGGUACCGAUUCUCUUGUUUACGACAAAGCGUUGCAAAACGAUUGACAUUCCCAUCAGCCUCCGCUGUGCCUUGUGUGUAAUGCUCAUCGACAAACGUUAGCAGCCUAAUGUGCUCCACUAAGAUGGUGAUUAUAGUAAACAUUGUACAUACAUGUUAGCGAGCUUGACAUUAAGAUUCGGCUCAAAUCGCUCGCACCUCCCUUUCACAGAGCUGCCCGUGGCUGUAGACUCUUGAGUCUUGUUUCAUUUUCACUUUGAGUGUCUGCAGCAAAAAAAAAGGAAAAAGUAAAAAGUUUUUUUCCAAGUCUAUAUUUACUUUUAGGGCUAAAUCCCUUCCUGGAGUUGUUCCAAUACAUACAUUCAUUUGAACCUCAUUCUUUGCAAAUGUCUCCACCAAAGUUUAGACUUCAGCUGUCUGAGUUAGUGUAUGCCAAUAUUUAUCCAAAACAAAGUUUCUGUAAUACAAAACUCUCUCCUUGUUUCUCUCUGAUUUGCAGUGAAGAUUAAACACAACGAUUAAAUA